UCUGUCGCGAUGGUUUGUGUGUGGAGAGAGAGAGAGAGCGCGCAUUCACGGUUGGCGCAGGCACCGGUCCUUGAGAACGGAGCGUUGUGCACGGCGGCAGCAUGGCUUCGUCUCACGGGAGAAGCGACAUGCGGUUUGCAGAUUGGAUGGCAAGUUUACCACAGAGCAUGCACAGUACUCCGCUCACCAACCUGGCUAUCCCCGGUUCCCAUGAUUCCUUCAGUUUUUACAUCGAUGAGGCGUCUCCAGUUGGCCCCGAGCAGCCGGAAACGGUGCAGAACUUUGUUUCUGUUUUUGGGACGGUGGCUAAGAAACUAAUGAGGAAGUGGUUAGCUACACAGACUAUGAACUUCACCAGCCAACUGGAGGCUGGGAUCCGCUUCUUCGACCUGCGCAUCUCCACCAAGCCCCGUGACCCCGACAACGAAUUGUUCUUCGCCCACGGGCUCUUCAGUGCCACGGUCAGAGAAGGUCUUGAGCAGAUCAGCAGUUUCCUGUCAGCUCAUGCAAGAGAGGUUGUGUUCCUGGACUUCAACCACUUCUACGGUGUGCAGAACCUGCACCAUGAAAAACUGGUGGCCAUGUUAAAAGAGGUGUUUGGAGACAAACUCUGCCCAGUCGUCUUCGCUCAGGAGGUGUCUCUGCAGUAUCUCUGGGAGAAGGAGUACCAGGUGCUUGUCUUCUACCACCACCCCAUGGCCCUUGAGGUGCCCUUCCUGUGGCCAGGGCAGAUGAUGCCCUCUCCCUGGGCCAACACCACCGACCCAGAGAAGCUGGUUCAGUUUCUCCAGGCGUCUGUCACUGACCGCAGGAGAAAGGGGACCUUCUUUGUCUCCCAGGUGGUUCUAACACCGAAGGCCAGCACUGUGAUGAAGGGCGUGGCUAGCGGACUGAGAGAGACAAUCACUGAAAGGGCCUUACCAGGCAUGAUGCAGUGGAUCAGAUCACAGAGACCCGGGGAAAGCGGCAUCAACAUUAUCACAGCUGACUUUGUGGAGCUCGGGGAAUUCAUCAGUGCCGUCAUCACCCUCAACUAUCACAUGGACGAUGAUGAAGAUGACGCCACCUGAGAGCCCACAGGGGGCGUCAGGGAGCACAGUCACCACCACUACUGCUAGAGGCUUGGUCUGUGCUCUCACUCUUUUCUCUUUGGCAUUUAUUUCAGGAGGGGAGCAGCACUGCUCUUCUUACCUUAUUUAGGCCUAUAGUGAAUUGAGAGCUUAAAAGGCAAAAGAGUGUUUAGGUAAGAGAAGUUGGGAUUGGGAGAAACAACACUAGUGUUUGGUUGGAGCACGCAGAGAACGAGGUUUUGUUUUGUUUCCUAUGUUGGGGAUCAAAAUACUUAAUUCAAGUGAGAUGUUAAUUUUCUUUAUUUCCUGUGCUGUAGACAUAACUGCUUUGUCCAUUGAUCAAAUGUACUGUUUUCAGGUAUCACUUCACCAAGGGUAGAUUUCUCACAGCAUAUCAACUUUUUGCUAAAUGUAUUCGUACAUAAUUUUUUUUGUACUCUAGUGACAGUUUUUUUCAAAGAUUCUUUUAAAAUAAGUCUUAAACCGCUCAAAUUGUAGCUUGCUGUUCGUCAAAAUCUGUCCAAGAGAUGUUUUUUAUUUAUUUACAAUAUGCAUCCCUGAUCAGAUCACUGGGGGUUGUUUCUGAAAAACUCUUUGAGCAGAAUGUGUUUAAAAAGUGUUAUUACAAUGUGUUCACCCAAUACAUCAGAAGAAGAUGAACCAUUUUCCAUAUGUUUCCUCAGCAGUUAUCUCUCUAGGGGCUUUCUCCCAGUAAUAAUCUCCUCUGAAGUCAGCUUGCAGACAUUGAUCAGACAUCUUUGUAAAUCGGUAAGUCAUUGAUUCACUCAUUCAAAAGCAUAGAGAAAUAGAGAGCAAGAGUGCAGCUUGGCUAGCAGAGAAAAAUUUACCAUUCACGCCAUGUGUACUUUAUCUUAUGUGCAUCUAAACUAAACAAUAGUUUUAACUAUGUCAGUGUGUUUCAAAUUUCAAGACCAUGAUCAGCUGUCGCUGCAAGGUACCUUACAAAAAAAAUAAUUUCUUUAAGACAGCUAGAAAUGCAAUCAAUGCUACUAGUCAUUUCUAAUGCUUAGGGAUCAACCGUGACAAAUGUAUUGGAUUUUGUGGUGGGUGCUGAGUCGUGAUAGCCAAGUAUAAAAAUACAUCUGGGUACAAGAGUGUAUCCACUAUCUGUGUGUGCGACUAUACUUACUGCUGUAGUGCAGUUUAUAUAUAUAUAUAUAUAUAUAUGAGUCAUCAUGAGAUGUAUCUCAGUGUUGUGUCUUUCAUAAUCACAGGUCAUAAAGUUGCUUAACACUCACUCACAGACCCUUUGUAUUUCAAGUCAGAAAAGGCUAAACAUCAUAAUUUGAAGUCAGGAAGUCUUGAUGUAACAACAGUGCUUUGACACUUGGAAAAUAAUACAAUAAAUGUUUAGUUUAAUAUCUAGCUGUAACUCUUUGGUGUCUACCUUAUUAGGUGUUUCUGAAUGAUACUAAAUACCUGGAUUUAUGCUAUAUCAUUUAGUACACUUUUAAUUUAUGUUUAAUGGGUUUCCUUCUAUACUCUGCAGUAUUUCAUUAAAGAUGGAAAAAUACUUCGAAAUGGCACCCAGAAAGAUAAUGGGAAUAUUUUAUUGCAAGGUUUUAUGCAUAAUGCAUGAAAACAAUCACAUACAAGUCAAACAUCUACACACCUUAUGAUCAGUGUGGCAUUUUCUACUGAGAAUGUAUUCUGUAAAGUAAUGUACAACCAAAACAGAAAACUCAACUCUUUGGAUUUGUGAAUGUAUGUGUCUUGUGAGUAACUGUGCCAUUUCUAUAAAAAAGUCUCAUGUGAUCGAUUGACUGAGUAUCAGCUAGAAAGUCAUUUUUUGUAUUGUGCGCUUCAAUGUUGAGGUGAGUUCAAGUUUUGGAAUUCAGACGGUACUUAUGUCACUUCAGUGUGGUUUCAUUUUAAAAUGUUUUAUAUCGUGGAAAGUUUGUACAUACUGUAAUUGCAAAUAGUACACUGCCAAUGAAUUGUACAUUAUUUAAACUAUUGCAGAGUCAUUGAUAAUAAUUUCCUAAUAUAUACCUUAACUGAGCUAUCAUAAUGCUUCUUCUUUUUCAUAAUUUCAGUUUUGUGCAUGAACCAAACUGUUCUACAUAUACUACCUUUUGUUUUUUUACCAACAGUGUCCAUUAGGUAUGUGCAUAUACUAAAUUAUUUCCUGUAUAUUGUUCUUAACAGCAUGGGUGUAUCUCAGCUGGAAAUGUUUAAUCCUUUUAGACACAUCUCCAAAUUAAUUCUUUUUUUUUGAUGUUGCACUGCUACUACCACAUACAAAUGAAGAAUGAAGCCACACAAAUGAGCAGAUUUGAAAAGGCUUGCAAAUUGUGUUGUAAGAACAUGUGUUUCUUCCCUGGUCCAAACUGUUGUCAUUGCCUUUAUGUUCUGGUGUAAAAAGAAUCCUUUGCUGUUGUAAAACUCACAACAACUUGUACAAAAAUGACUGUUCUAAGUGGAAACAUCAAAUCAAAUAAAGCUUCUGUGACUAA